GAACGGUUGUGCUCAAGCUUUCCUCUCUCUCGCAUUGAAUAUUGUUCGCGGCAAAAAUGUCACUUGUAUUAAAACUCGUCAUAAUAGUUAUACCAAUUAUGGUGCGAUGUGGUAACAUAAAUAAUAUAAAUCGGUUAAAUGACAGCAAGGAUUUAAACUAUAAUUACGAACAUAAUAAUACCAUGUUUGAUUUACGUGAAUACAAUGAAUCAGUGAUUUUAAGUCCAUUUAAGUGCCAAAGUGAUUUCUUAUGGCGGUGCUCGAACAAAUUGAAACAAUGGAAGAAGAGAAGAAGAAUUAAGAGAUUAAUUGUGGACGAAAACUUUAGCAAUAUAAGGAAAAGAAGUUUGUAUGAGUCUAUAACAUAUGCUAAUUUGUCAAACAUAUCAAUGAUAGAUACAGAUGCGAUAAGUUUAGCACUUAUAGCGAGGUUCAAGGAGAAGUGGCCUGUACAAUUAUGGGAGGAAUACGGAUGGUUCAGUGAUGAUUAUCUGCUCAUGAUAAACCCGCAUUGGCUGCGAUUCUCUCCUCCUCCGCCUGUUAUUCACUACACCCUGGCCAGUAUCUACAUCGCCAUACUGGUUACCGGCUGUUUUGGAAACAUUAUGGUCCUUUAUAUGUAUUGCAGAUGUCGCACUCUGCGGACGCCGGGGAACAUCCUCGUCGCGAACCUGGCUCUCAGUGACUUCAUAAUGCUCGCUAAAACUCCUAUAUUUAUUUUCAACUCGUUUAACCUCGGCCCGGCAUUAGGAAAAACUGGUUGUGUCAUAUAUGGUUUCUUGGGUGGAUUGACUGGAACAACAUCGAUUGCGACUCUAACAGCGAUAGCACUGGACCGAUACUGGGCCGUUGUUCGUCCCCUAGAGCCCCUCACAGCCCUUACCGCUGUUAGGGCUCGCCUGCUGGCCGUCGGAGCAUGGAUCUACGCUGCUAUAUUUUCCGCUGUACCGGCUUUAGAUAUUGGCUACGGACAUUACGUGCCAGAGGGGUAUCUAACGAGUUGCAGCUUCGACUACCUCACAGAAGACUUAGGCCCACGCUAUUUCAUCUUCACAUUUUUUUGCGCGGCUUGGCUUGUACCAUUUUGCACGAUUUUUUUCUGCUACACAAGUAUCCUACAAGUGGUUGUUUGCAAAAGGAAUAUGCCUUCCAAAAAUCAAGAUCAAAGAUUAUCAUCGAGACACGUAAAAGAACAAACAAAACGAAAAGCGGAAAUAAAAUUAGCGUUCUUAGUCGUCGUUGUAAUAGCUUUGUUUUUUAUAUCGUGGACACCUUACGCUAUUGUUGCACUAUUGGGAAUAUUUGGUAAAAAGAACCUAAUAACCCCUACAGCUUCGAUGAUACCGGCGCUCUUUUGCAAGACUGCAGCUUGUAUUAACCCUUUUAUUUAUAUCAUAACGCAUCCUAAAUUUCGUAAAGAGUUACAGAAAAUAAUAUAUAGGGAUAAAUCCAAGCGUAUGAGCGGUACGUUGAGAACUACCGGAUAUUACACAGAUUCCAGCAGAAUGCACAGGCCAAGCAAAGACUUGAGUGAUACAGAUGUUGAAAUACUUGAAAUGAAAGACAUUCCUUUUCGAACCGGUUUAAAAAGAAACACUAGUUAUAAUCUAGAAACGAUAUCGUCGCAAGUCUCCGAACGCGACGGCUCGCAAAGAAGUGCAAGCUUGAAGAGUUUUGACGAUAACGCCGUCACACCGCCCUCGUGGUAUUCCAAACCUCAAUUUUCCAAAAAGAGAAGCUUCCAAAGAAGGUCGUCACAAAAAUCAGGGCAAUAAAAAUGUUGGAUUUGCAGAAUUUUUGACAAUUUUGAACGUACCGAACACAAAAAUCGUUAAGAGUAUAUUUUCUAGACUGUAGUGAUAUUUAUUGCAGUUUGAAGGCACUUCCUAUUCCUAUUACUAUGUAAAUAAAUGUUUAGGUAUGUCCUAUUGUCACGGGUGAAACCUAGUCACGAUAGAUGAUAGUAUCACAUUAGUUUUUAAAAUUAUAGGCGUUGAAGAAAGAAACUAGGGUGUACUGAAAAUUUUCCACUGAAAUCUUAAGGCCGAAAAUAACGUAAAGACCGCAAGAAGUCAUUGAUAGUGAGGCGAUGUAAACAACUUCCUUAUUUUCUCCAUAGGAUUUUUUUGGAUCCAGAAACAUCUACAAUAAACCAGAAAAUUAGACGUCAAUAACAAAUUAUGGUUACGUAUUAUUACAUAAGAAGCUGAUUUAUAAUAUUAUUAUAUUAUAACCCAUAACACAGAUUCUGCUCUGGGAUCCUUAUAUAAAGUACGUAAUACAAGAUUCUGAAUAAAGUUAGAAAGGCUUACUUUGCUAUUCGUGUUAGUUUU